AUGUCGAUCCUCACGCCGUACAACCGCCACAGCUUCUUCCCGUGGGGCAACUCGUUCGGCAACGACCUGCGCACGAUGCGCCGCAUGCUGGACAUGACAGAGUCGGGCCCGCGCUCGACUCACACGGUCGAGCCGUCGUACCGCUACGAGGCGGACAGCGCGGCCGCACACUUCGAGAUUGAGAUCCCGGGCGUGUCCAAGGACAACCUCUCCGUCGAGGUCCACGAAAACAAGCUCACCGUCCGUGGCAAGCGCUUCUGCCGCCCCCUCAUCGAGAAGAAGGACAACUCCGCCGUCGCCAAGGACCCGGCUCAGAACGGAGACCCCGACCAAGCUGACAAGGACCCCGCCCCUAGCAUCGUCUACCACCUCGAGGCAAGGCUCCCCCAGCGCGCAAACGUCGACGCCAUCAAGGCAGACCACAUCGGCGACGGCAUCCUCAACAUGACCAUCCCUAUGGUCGAUGACAAGGGCCCCCGCAAGGUUCAGAUCGAGUUCUAG